AUGUUUUUACAUGUCGUCAGUGUCGUCUCUUCUGAGGCUUCCGCCCUCCUCAAGUUCAAGGCAUCCCUGCACAACAAUACCGCACUUGCCAGCUGGAAAGCCGGCUCGACAACGCCGUGCUCAGAGAACAAAGCAAAUUGGGUCGGUCUCCAUUGCCGGCAAGGAAAAGUUCGGGGUUUAAGGCUUGAGAAUAUGGGACUAAACGGCGUCAUUGACGUAGACCCGCUCCUGUUACUGUCAAGUUUGAGAGCCAUAAGCUUUAUGAACAACAAGUUUGAGGGUCCCUUGCCGCAGUUAAAGAAACUCGGUGCAUUGAAGUCGGUAUAUUUAUCGAACAACAAUUUUUCAGGAGUGGUCGGUAGUGAUGCUUUUACCGGUAUGGCGUGGUUGAAGAAGCUACAUUUGGGGCAUAAUCACUUGACGGGUAGUAUUCCUACGUCAUUAACAUCAUUGCCAAAGCUUUUGGAGUUGGGGCUUGAGGAUAACAAAUUUUUAGGCAAGAUUCCAGAUUUUCAACAGAAAUCUUUCCGAUCUUUUAAUGUAUCUCACAACUACUUGAGCGGGCGAAUUCCGGCAAACCUUAGCAGGUUAAAUUCGAGCUCCUUCUCCGGGAACUACGAUCUAUGUGGAAGCCCUUUGGGAAAAUGUGGGAAAACAUCAGUUCUGAGUGUCGUUGUGGUUGUGAUAGCUAUGGGGGUGGCAAUUGUCGCCAUUGGUGCAGUGUUCUUCAUCCUUAACCGCCGGAGCCAACCAUCUUCAUCAUCAGUAGAGUCUCCGCCACCAUCAAACCUCCAAAAGAAAUCAGGUAUUAAGGAAAAGGAUCAAGCCAGCAGGCAAGGCUCCCCGGACCAAUCUGGCGGUGGCAAGGCGGAGAAUCCGAAGCUCUCCUUUGUCAGGGAUGAUAGGGAGAGGUUUGAUAUGCAGGACUUGCUUAAAGCCUCAGCUGAGAUAUUGGGCAGUGGAUACUUUGAGUCUUCUUAUAAGGCUUCUUUGCCGAGUGGACAAGUGAUGGUUGUGAAGAGGUUCAAGCAAAUGAACAAUGUGAGAAAAGAGGAGUUUGAAGACUAUAUGAGAAGCCUGGGGAGGUUGAGGUACCCUAAUCUGCUUCCUCUGGUGGCAUACUACUAUAGGAAGGAAGAGAAACUCUUGGUAUCCGACUAUGUUCAGAAGGGCAGCUUGGCUGUUCAUCUUCAUGGACGUCAAGGUCUAGGCCUGCCGUGUCUUGAUUGGCCAACCAGGUUGAAGAUUGUCAAAGGCAUAGCUAAGGGCCUCAAGCAUAUCUACAAUGAGCUGCCUAGCCUAAUCGCGCCCCACGGCCACCUCAAAUCCUCCAAUGUCCUGCUCGACGAAUCCUUAAAACCCCUUCUGACUGACUAUGGUCUAAUCCCUGUGAUGAACCAAGAGCAUGCUCAAGAACUCAUGGUGGCCUACAAGUCGCCGGAGUACUUGCAACACGGCCGAAUCACGAAGAAGACCGACGUAUGGAGCUUCGGAAUACUGAUAUUAGAGAUUUUGACAGGGAAGUUCCCAGCCAACAUUCUGCAACAAGGCAAGGGAACAAGUGAGGAGGAUUCGCCGUUUAGUUGGGUUCUUUCGGUUGUUCCCGAAGGGUGGUCGGCCGAGGAGGUUUUCGACAAGGAGAUGGGAGGAAGUAAGAACAGUGAAGGGGAGAUGCGGAAGCUGUUGAAGAUUGGGUUGGCUUGCUGUGAAGGAGAUGUGGAGAAGAGGUGGGAUUUGAAGGAGGCAGUUGAGAGGGUUAAAGAGUUGAGAGAGAAUGAUGGUGAUGAUGAUUUCUACACUUCAUAUGCUAGUGAGGCAGACAUUGAGUCUUCAAGAAGAUUGUCUGCUGACUUCAACUUGUCCACGACUGGUUCAGUGCAAAUUUUUUAAUCUCUUAUUGAAGCUUGCUUCCUAAUUACAAUUUAGAUGGGGUUCGUCAAUACGGACACUUUUAACAUGGGUUUGAAGUAGAAUGAGAGAAGGAUUUGCCUUUUGUUUUCCUCAUCAAUAGCAUUAAUUGUAUUUGUAGCUGGAACAUGAUAUCAUAAUGACCCCAUCAUCUUUUGGAGGUCCAUGCAUAAUCCCCUAUGAAAGGGGGAAAUA